AUGGAAUCAUUAUAUAGUUUACCUUUUAAAGUUCUCGAAGUCCCAAAUCUGCGUUUAAAGCGGCCGUCAUGGUUAAAGAAACCAUCUGCCAUGUUCAUGUAUGUGAUUGUAACAAUCUCAUACUUUUUGGUGACUGGAGGGAUAAUAUAUGACGUCAUCAUAGAACCACCUAGUGUAGGUUCGACUACAGAUGAAAAAGGACAUUCAAAACCAGUGGCAUUUAUGCCUUACAGAGUUAACGGACAAUACAUUAUGGAAGGUUUAGCAUCAAGUUUUCUAUUCAACAUUGGGGGUUUGGGAUUUGUUAUAUUGGAUUUAACCAAUAAUAAAUCAACUCCAAAAUUGAAUCGUACACUUCUGACCGGUGUUGGAUUUGCCUGCAUCAUAGUAUCAUAUUUUACUUGUUGGACGUUUAUGAGAAUGAAGCUUCCGGGAUACUUGAAGUCAUAA